AUGUAAAGCAAUUAAAAUAUUGUUGACACUUAAAUCAUAGGUUUAACGAAAUCUUCUAAAAUAGCAAAAUAAAAGUAAAAAGAAUAAAGAAAAUAUUGCACAAUAAAAAAGGAAUUUAAAAUCAUCAUUAACAUUCCAAAGACAUUAGAAAUAAGGGAAUACUUAAGAACUGAAAUAGAUAUUAUUUUCAGCACUGAUUAUCAGAUCAAUUCUAAUUUAGGAGAAUUAUGCACAAAUAUUUUUACAGUAGGGUACAAAAUUUUAUAGACUGAUUACUUUUCAGAUAAAUAAGCAUUUUCAUUGUUCCCAAGAAAUUUGCAAUGUGUGAGCCUAGAUGUUAUAUUUAAUUUAUUAGAAAAAAUGAAUUUGUAGAAAAGCAAAGAAGACAUAAAAUAUUUUAUGCUUGAACAUAAAAAAGGAAAUAUUUAAAUCAGUUAAUGUACUGAUGUAUAUUAUCUUGACAUGUAUGCUUCUUAAUUUCCAUAUGAAUCUUACUUAAUAAGAUAUGAUUCUACAGGAUCCAAAGUUUUAAAAUAUAUAAACAAUAUGAAAUAUCUUUAUUUAAUGGGUAUAACAAGAGAAAUGAUGGAAUGGAACUUAAAUUAAACACAUAUGUUACCUUGUGCCAUUAGAGUUGAAUCCUAUAUGGAUGUAUGGAGCAAGAUGUUUGAAGCAGUUUCUAGAAAAUCAAAUUUUUUCACAGUUGAAUUAUAAAAUUAUAAUGGUUAAAGAACAUUUGUAAAAAUGGAAUAAAGAUUAAUAUAUAUAGUAUAAGAAAAUGACAACAGCAUGUAUUGCUAUCUCUAUUGGAUAUACCAUACAAAUCCAAAUCCAAUAAUAGCAGAAAAUAACUAUUAGAAGGAAUUAGAUUCUUAAAAUCCUAAACCAAAAUAGUGUACAUAUAAAUAAAUUUGCAAUUGA